AUGUCAGAGUUACAAUUAACCAUUUUGCAAACCUUAGACAAGGAAGGGUCUAUUGAAAACACAUUGAACACCUUCCCAAAAUUGGAUUCUCAAGAAGUUCAAGCUGCUUUGAAUUCUUUAUUGGCCCGUUCAAAGAUCACAUAUAAAUCAAUUGAAAAAGAAAAAUGGAAUUUAACAAAAGAAGCUGAAGAAAUUGUUCAAAAUGGUUCUCAUGAAUAUAGAUUACUAGAAACCAUUCUUAAGUUGGAACAUUUGAAAAUAUCAGAAGUUGGUAAUGUCUUGGGUCCAGCAGGUAAGACUGGUCAAGCUAGAGCUUUCAAAAAUGGAUGGAUCAGUAAAAACGGCGAUGAAUUGGUUGUCAGUGAUAAAUUAGAUAAAUCUCAACUUCCAUCAGAUGAAACUUCAACUGAAUUAAAGGAAGUUCAAGAAACUGGUACAUUGAAAGAUGCUAAGAAAUUAUCAGAAUUGAAAAAACGUAAAUUAGUCACUGUUUCUAAAAUCUUAUCAUUCAAAGUUGAAAAAGGUCCAGAAUUCAGUUUGGAAAUUGAAAAGUUGGAAACCGAUAUCACUAGUGAUAUGGUUAUAAGUGGUAACUGGGAAAAUGCUAAAUUCAAACCUUAUAAUUUCAACUCUGAAGGUGUUUACCCAGACUCAGGUGCUUUACAUCCAUUAAUGAAAGUUCGUGAAGAAUUUAGACAAAUUUUCUUCUCUUUAGGUUUCAGUGAAAUGCCUUCAAAUCAAUAUGUUGAAACCGGUUUCUGGAAUUUUGAUACAUUAUUCGUUCCUCAACAACACCCUGCUCGUGAUUUACAAGAUACUUUCUAUAUUAAAGAUCCGUUAGUUGCAGGUGCCCCAGAAGAUAAAACAUAUAUGAAAAACAUCAAAGACGUCCAUGAAGGUAACGCAUUCGGCUCCAUUGGUUACAGAUAUCCAUGGAAUGAAGAAGAAAGUUUAAAACUAGUUUUAAGAACACAUACUACCGCCAUUUCAUCAAGAAUUCUACAUGAAUUAGCAAAAGAUCCAAAACCAUCUAGAUUGUUUUCCAUUGAUAGAGUUUUCAGAAAUGAAGCUGUUGAUGCUACACAUUUAGCUGAAUUCCAUCAAGUUGAAGGUGUGUUGGCUGAUUAUGAUCUAACUUUAGGUGAUUUGAUUGGUUUCAUGGAAGAUUUCUUUGGUAAAAUGGGUGUCAAAGAUUUAAGAUUCAAACCAACUUAUAACCCAUACACUGAACCUUCAAUGGAAAUUUUCUCAUGGCACAGUGGUUUAGGUAAAUGGGUUGAAAUUGGUAACUCAGGUAUGUUUAGACCUGAAAUGUUGGAACCAAUGGGAUUACCAAAGAACUUGAGAGUUUUAGGUUGGGGUCUUUCAUUAGAACGUCCAACUAUGAUUAAAUACGGUGUCAGUAAUAUUAGAGAGUUAUUGGGUCAUAAAGUCAGUCUUGAUUUCAUUGAAACUAACCCUGCUGCUCGUCUUGACGAAGAUCUUGUAUGA